AUGGCAGCCCUGCUCUGCAAAGUGGCCAAAGCCGUCGGCGUGCGGGGCUGUCGGCGCUUGUCCCAGUUGGCCGAGCUUCCGGAAACUCACCACAUGCUGCGGCAGACGUGUCGGGACUUUGCCGAGCGCGAACUGAUGCCCUUGGCUGCCCGGCUGGACAAAGAGCAUACAUACCCGGCGCAGCAGAUUUCGGAGCUGGGCGCACUGGGCGUGAUGGCCAUGGAGAUUCCUGAAGAGCUGGGCGGCGCCGGCAUGGACUACUUGGCGUACAGCGUGGCCGUGGAGGAAAUCAGUCGUGGCUGCGCCAGCACCGGCGUGGUGGUAUCCGUCAACAACUCUCUGUACUUGGGUCCGAUCCUGAAGUUUGGUUCCGAGGAUCAGAAGCAGAAGUGGAUCCCGCCUUUCACCGACGGCCAACGUGUGGGCUGCUUCGCCCUCAGCGAACCAGGCAACGGGAGCGAUGCCGGCGCCGCGUCCACGACGGCGCAUCAAGACGGCGACGACUGGGUCCUGAACGGCACCAAAGCCUGGAUCACCAACAGUUGGGACGCCUCCGCCGUCGUGGUUUUCGCUACUACCGACAAAAAGCUCAAGCACAAGGGAAUCAGCGCCUUCCUGGUGCCCAUGCCCCACCCAGGGCUGUCGCUUGGCAAGAAGGAGGACAAGCUGGGCAUCCGGGCGUCGUCCACCGCCAACAUCAUCCUGGAGGACUGCAGGAUCCCGUCGGACAACAUGCUGGGCCCCCGCGGGGCCGGAUUCAAGAUCGCCAUGCAAACUCUCGACAGCGGGCGCAUCGGCAUCGCGGCGCAGGCGCUAGGUAUCGCCCAGGCGUCGCUGGACUGCGCCGCCGAUUACGCUCAUAAACGCUGCGCCUUCGGAUCGCCCAUCGGGAAACUCCAAGCCAUCCAGUUCAAGCUGGCCGACAUGGCGCUGGCCAUCGAGAGCGCUCGCCUGCUGACGUGGAAGGCGGCCAUCCUGCGUGACGCUGCCAAACCUUUCACUAAGGAAGCAGCCAUGGCCAAACUCUCUGCCUCAGAGGCUGCCACCUUCUGCGCACACCAGGCCAUCCAGGUGCUGGGAGGGAUGGGCUACGUGAGCGACAUGCCCGCCGAGCGCCACUACCGCGACGCUCGUAUCACCGAGAUCUACGAGGGCACCAGCGAGAUUCAGAGACUGGUCAUCGCCGGGCAGCUGCUCAAGGACUAUGGAGCCUAG